AGCUAAAAUGAGAAAUGGACACACCACUUCUCUCCUCCUCUUCUUCUUCUUCUUCUUCUUCUUCUUCUUCCUCCAGUUGGUGUUCUCUGAGUUGUCUCCAAACCAGAGAACCACCAUGAACCAGCUCUAUGGUCUUCUUCUCCCCAACAGCCAGUUUUCUCCACCUUCCCCAUGGAAUGUCACCAAAGACCCAAAUCCAUGUUCAUGGAAGGGUGUUACAUGCACUUCCAACAAUUCUGCCAUCACCAAUCUCUCUCUCCCUUUUUUCUCCAUCACUUCCUCCGAUUUUCUUGUUUCUCUUUGCCAGAUUGAUACCUUGGAGGCUGUUGAUCUCUCCAACAAUCACUUGAGCUCAAUCCCAGAUGGGUUCAUGACUGGUUGCGGAAAGAUUACUGGGUUGAAACAGUUGAAUAUCAGUAGGAGCAAAUUGUCUGGCCCUUUACCCACUUUUAAUGGUUUUGCUAAGUUGGAGUCCUUGGACUUGUCUCACAAUUCAUUGGGUGGAAGCAUUGAUUUACAGCUUGAUGGGAUGGUUGGUCUCAAAAGUCUGAACCUUGGCUUCAACCAGUUCAUUGGCUCUGUUCCUAUCAACCUUGGAAAAUCCAUGGUUUUGGAGGAGCUUGGGCUUUCUUCCAAUCGCUUUGAAGGUAAAUUCCCAGAAGCAAUUGCAAAUUAUUCUCAUUUGACUGCAAUUGACCUUAGUGUAAAUAACAUUUAUGGGUCUAUCCCUGGUAGAUUUAGAGAGCUUCACAAUCUGCAACUUUUGAUUCUAUCUUCUAAUAAUUUGAGUGGUGGAAUCCCAAAAUUCCUUUCAACUAUCCAAAAACUAUGGCGAUUCGCGGCCAACCAGAAUUCUUUUUCUGGUGUUAUUCCAGUUGGAAUUACAAAAUAUCUCAAGAAUUUAGACCUUAGUUAUAAUAAGUUAAAUGGGUCAAUUCCUGGAGACCUUUUAUCCCAAUCAAAUUUGCUGAGUCUCGAUUUAUCUUAUAAUUCAUUAAGUGGGUCAAUACCUGCAAAUAUGUCUCCAACCUUGGUGAGGCUGAGAUUAGGAAACAAUCAAUUGAAUGGGACAAUCCCAUCUUCAUCUUUUGGAAGCCUUCAAACACUGACCUAUUUGGAGUUGGAUAACAAUAGUUUGAGUGGACCAAUACCUCCUGAAUUGAGUUCGUGCAAGAAUUUAGCACUGCUGAAUCUUGCUGACAACCACCUCACUGGUGUUUUGCCGGUACAGUUGGGUGUUCUGAGCAAACUUCAGGAAUUGAAGCUUCAAUUCAACAAUUUGUUUGGAGAAAUCCCAAUUCAAAUUACCCAAUUACAAACAUUGCAGAAACUGAAUAUCAGCUGGAAUUCGCUGUACGGUUCGAUACCACCAUCAAUUUCAAGCUUGCAAGCUCUUACCAACUUGGAUUUACGAUGCAACAAUCUCAGCGGUUCAAUACCUGUUUCGAUUGGUAACUUGAAUUUCCUUAUAGAACUCCAACUAGGGAACAACAAACUCAGUGGGACAAUUCCGUUGAUGCCACUGACUUUGCAGAUUGCUCUAAAUUUAAGCAGCAAUCUCUUUGAAGGGCCUAUACCUAGAACGAUAUCAAAAUUGAUCGGAUUGGAUGUGUUGGAUCUUUCCAACAACAAAUUUUCUGGUCAGAUUCCAGAUUUUCUGGUUGAAAUGACAAGCUUGACACAAUUGGUGCUUUCCAACAAUCUGCUCUCUGGAGUGAUUCCCAAGUUCCUUCUAUUCGUUACCGUUGAUGUAAGUGGAAACAAGGGUCUCAUUAACACUACAAAUUCAAACUCUCCCUCAUUAUCUCCGAAACAGAGAAAGACAAUGGAUGUGGGAGUCCUUUCGUUUGCUGCUGGCAGUGCCUUGGGCUUUGUGUUAGUAACAAUUAUUGUUGUAAUAAUUUCCAGACGAGGAAAUGGUGGUUUAGAUAUCAUGGCUUUUGUGGACAUGUUAAUGGGUUUUGAACGAUUCUUAAUACAGUUUUAUAGUGUCAAAGGUCAUUGUAUAACUGAUAAUAGCAUCCACAAAUCAAAGCUUAACUUAUCCAAUGCCAUGGAGGCAGUUUCCAAACCUGUUAACAUGAUGCUGAAGAGUGAGUUCUGCACCUACUACAAGGCUGUCAUGCCUUGUGGGAUGAGUUAUUGCAUCAAGAAGCUAAAUUGGAGCUGUAAGGCAUUCCAAUUGCUUAACCCUGAGAGGUUUGUUCAAGAGCUAAUGGUUUUAGGUAAGCUAAGCAAUUCAAAUAUCAUGAUCCCUCUAGCUUAUACUUUAACAGCUAGUAGCGCAUAUGUUGUUUACGAAAAUCCUCAACAUGGAACCCUCUUUGACCUUCUUCAUACAAACACACAGCCCAGUUUGCUCCUCCUUCCCCAUACAGUAUAG